GCCCUCGGUGCGCGCGGGGGCUUUGCGACGACGUUCGUUGGGCGGUAGGCGGGCCCACGGUAACCGGUCGGGCCCACUCGUUGGUGUCCACGGCAACCCGGGGUCCUGGCGGGCGUCGGAAAAGCGCAGGGGAGAGGGAUGAGGGCGUGCGGCAGUGACUAGGCCUGAAGGGAACCAGUUCUCCGGGACGGGGGACGGACAUAGAAAAAGAGAGAACAGUGUGACAGAGCCAGGAAGGGCCACGGGUAAGGAGGAUGAUGGAAACACUGACAGAAAGUAGGCGGCGGCCGAGGUGCGAACGAGAAAUUAAGUGGAGACAGCCCGGAGCGUCCCUGCCUGGACUCUGCACGUACUGGCCUCAUCCCCGAACUACAUUUCCCGGCAGCCCGAGUGCCCAGAGCGACGUCAGAGGCGCGCCCCACGCGGCAACUUCCCGCCUCCGCUGACAAGAUGGAGGCUGGGCUCGGCCGCCGCCGGGGAAAGGUGCUGUGAAAGAAGGACAUGGGGAAGGGACGCAGUGCCACCGGCCCAACUGAAGCUGCCGGCCCGCGUCGCUGUCCUGAGAGAGGCCAAGAGGCCACCAUUGUGGGCACAGUGGUAGCUACUGUGGAGGGGCAAGGGGUACAGAGCUCAUCAAGGUGCGUGGUGCGAGGAGGUGGAAUGAAGACAACUCCCCACCUUCAGGUGUCGGGGAAGGCACCCCUUGGUGGGAUUGGCCUUCGCCACAGUGCCAAGCGGGACCGGAAGUCCAUCACCUUGCAUGUGAAAUUGGAGGUGCUUCGGCGAUUUGAGGAAGGUGAAAAGCUGACGCAGAUCGCCCGGGCUCUAGGGCUGGCCACCUCCACUGUUGCCUCAAUCCGUGUCAACAAGGACAAGAUCUGGGCUAAUUCUCAGGCAGCUACGCCCGUCAGUGCCAAGCAGCUGACCCGCUGCCGGGGUGUGGUGAUGGGUCAUAUGGAACGCCUGCUGAGCCUAUGGAUUGAGGAGCAGAAACGGCACAACCUGCCUGUCAGCACACUGCUCAUCCAGGACAAGGCGCGGCAGCUCUUUGCACAGCUGCAGCACGAGCAGGGCGAUGGUGCCCAGGCUGAGACCUUCGGGGCCAGCAAUGGCUGGUUUGCACGUUUCAAGGCACGUCACAAUGUACUGCUGACGGACGAGCCGGCUGUGGCUGAUGCCCAGGCCGCUGCCUGCUAUCCCCCAUUGCUGCGUGCCAUUCUGGAGGAGGGCCGCUACUCACCGCGCCAAGUCUUCAACGUGGAUGAGACGGGCCUUUUCUGGAAGAGGCUGCCUGAUCGCAUGCUGCUGGCUCUGGAAGGGGCAGCUGGGCCUGGGCCCGGGCCCAAGGCCCCCAAGGACCACCUGACGCUGCUGCUGGGCGCCAAUGCAGCUGGCGACUUCAAGCUGAAGCCCCUGCUAGUGUACCCCUCGGAAAACCCACGCGCCCUCAAGGGUUGCUCUAAGGCCAGCUUGCCAGUGGUCUGGCGCUCCAACCGCAAUGACUGGCUGACACCCAGCAUCUUUCAGGAGUGGUUUACUGGCUGCUUCUGCCCUGCUGUGGAGAGGUACUGCACCAGCCACGGCCUCCCGCACCGUGCCCUGCUGCUCUUGGACAGUGCACCCUGCCACCCUGCUCACCUGGGUAGUCUCUCUGCCCAUGUGCGCGUUGAGUUCCUGCCCAAGAACACAUCCACCCUGAUCCAACCCAUGAACCAGGGCAUCAUUGCUGCCUUUAAGGCCCACUACCUGCGCCGCACACUUAGCCAGCUGGUCCAGAAGAAGGCUGGUAGAGACCGGCCUUCCAUGCGGGAGUUCUGGCGCAGCUAUACCGUCAUGGCCGCAGUAGACAACAUUGCCCAGGCCUGGGCAGAGCUGCAGCCCGCCACUAUGAACAGUGCCUGGAGGAAGCUCUGGCCUGAGUGCGUGCCUCCCGGCACUUUGGAGCCUGACACCGUGCCCCAGCUCCGCCGCAGCAUUGUGGCACUGGCCAGCCACAUGGGCCUUGGGGAUGCAGCGGAGGCCGAUGUCGUCAGCCUGCUGCAGGCCCAUGUGGAGCCCCGACCUUGCGGAACCCCGCAGGUCGCAGAGGAUGGGGAUGCCAACAGCUGUGGGCUGCCCUGGGAGGCAGGGAAAGGCCUGGCCUCCCAAAGGCCAGAACUGGAUCUCAGUGAAGCUGUGGUGGGUGUGGGGACUGAGGAAGCUGGUGUGGGUGCACUGAGCCCUCAGCGCCUGGCCCAGGCUCUGUCCCACUUUGCUGCUGGCCUGCGCAUCCUUAUGGAGAACGAUCCCAACCGGGAGCGCAGCCUGAAAGUGUCCCGGAGUGUCCACUGUGCCCUUGCCCGCCUCCGGGCACUGCACCGGGAAAGGAGGCGACAGGCUCGGGCAGCUGCAUCCUCAGGAGGCCCUGUGGUGGUGGCCACGAGAGAGCUGGCAGGAAGUCUGUGCUCACCUCAGGAGAGCGUAAACGCGGUCCCCCGCUACCGCGAAUUAUGCAGUCAAGUUUCCCGCAUUUGGGGAAAUUGCAGGGGCCAGCACAUCCGGAGAGCGAUGGACAAGCCUCGCCCUGGGAAAACACCUUCGUGGUCAUGCUAUCUCCCCUGCCAGUCUUUGCUGGAGGUGCAGGCACCCCCUCGCCACCAGGAGGACAAAACACAGGUCCAGGAAGAUGGAACAGAGAGGCAGCUGAGGCGACGUGCCUCGCGUGGCAGCCGGGCCGUUGUGUCUAGACAGUGUGACGGGAACCAUAGUCCGGUCGUGCUCUUGAACGGUUCUUGCUGA